AUCCCUGCUUCCACUGGUGCUGCUAAGACUGUAGGCAAGGUCAUAUCUGAGCUGAAUGGGAAGCUCACAGACAUGGCUUUCCAUGUCCCUACUCCCAAUGUAUCUGUUGUGGAUCUGAGCUGCCAGCUGGAGAAGCCUGCCAAAUAUGAUGAUAUCAAGAAAGUGGUGAAGCAAACAUCAGAGGGACCUUUGAAGGGUAUCUUGGGCUACACAGAGGACCAGGUUGUAUCCUGUGACUUUAACAGCAACACCCACUCUUCUACCUUUGAUGCUGGUACUGAUAUUGCCCUCAAUGACCAAUUUUUCAAGCUCAUUUCUUGGUAUGACAAUAAGUAUGGUUAUAGCAACUAUGUAGUAGACUUCAUGGUCAACAUGGCCUCCAAGGAGUAA